UAUAACCUCCUCUCUACUUGAAUGAACUACAAGUGCAAAGUCAUACUACACUGUUUAGUGCACCCGAGAGAGGGGGAAAACAUUGUACCCGAGGGCAUUAUCCGGUUAAUAGUUACAUACAGACAACACUUGUUUCCAGUCACCGAUUUUUACUAGCAAUGGAGCCUCAUGUAAACGCGAAGCGGCUUUUUAAUCAUGCGACAACCCUGAAGCUUCACACGGGGAAUUUAGUCAACCGCAGUCGACUUAAGAAGAAAUGUCCGUCUUCUCCUAGUGAAGAGCUUCAAGACUGCAUUCAAGGCACACUGAGCGACUGGUUUGCCGCAAUGCCGUCAUCUCUCGACUCUGAGCUCCCCAGUGUUCUGGACUGCACUAUUCCAGAAAGCACAGAGGCCAUCACUCCAGAGGAGAGAGAGGAGCUAAAAGUGUCUGUCAAGCUUUUUCUCACCGAGUCGGACCAUUCACCCAUCAGAAGUGCGGUGGACAUGGCUUGUCUUUCGUUAGGCGUAUCUCAGUUGGACUCUGUGAUCAUUGCUCCACCUCCUCUCCCUGAGGGUGAGGCACAGACACUGACCCACCUGCAGCCACUGUGGGAGGAGCUGGAGAGCCUCGUGCAAAGCCAGAAGAUCGCCGCCAUCGGCACGUCAGAUUUGGACAAAACUCUUUUAGAGCAGCUAUAUAACUGGGCUCAGAUAAAGCCGAGUAGUAAUCAGGUGAACCUGGCCUCGUGCUGUGUGAUGCCUCCAGACCUCACUGCAUUUGCUAAAGAGUUCGACAUACAAUUGCUUACACACAAUGACCCCAAAGAGCUAAUCAGUGCAGCAGGCUUCCAGGAAGCAGUGCAGGGGAGCAGUAAGGACCUGCAGGUGGCCGACUGGAGGCUGGAGUGGGUCUUACGGUACUCCAUCAUCGUCAAGAGCAGAGGCAUCAUAAAAGCAAAAGGCUAUAUUGUUCACGCUAAGAAGAGCAACGGCCAUUAACGUGUCCAGUUCGAACAGGGUUUUUAUGGUUUCCUGAAAUUUAUUCCACUAAAUUUAGGGAGCUGCUACAUUACUGCAUAAUUUACAGGUGUUUUUUUUUUUUUUUUUUUUGGGUCAACACACUAAGUGAAUUUGACAAAAAUUCACUCAACCCACUUGACUCAUUUUUCCUCAUGAUUUAGAAUAUUUAGAAAGCUAUCUUUUCUUGUAGACAAAUGCAAAGUGCCUCUUUUGUCUGUUUUUUCUGACUUUUUCUGCCUGGUAUAAUUGUCUGUUUUUAUCAAAAGGGUAAAAAUAUAAAAUGGUAACUGAUGGGACAGCAGAUUUCGAUGCUUCAAAUACCAAAAUGUUGUUUUGUUAAUCAGUGCCCUUGUGAUUUUGGUGAAAACGUUAAGAGAUUUGUUCUGUGUUUUAAAACUGUUAACCACAUUUUUUUUUCAAAGAGUGGGCCACAUUGUUGCAGAUUUUUUUACUUUAAAUUUUAAUGUCAAAUUUUAAGUCCUGUUGGCGUUUUUAAGUUUGUAUAAUUUAUUUUGAUUGAUGCGUUGCUUGGAUUUUUCAGUGAAUGUUUUCGUAUUUGUUGUCAACAGAUGAUUCUGAUUUGCAUCUCUUUGUAAACAAAAUGCUUUGCUUAUCUGAUGAAAAGAAAUAUUCAAAUAUGUAACGUAGGCUGUUAACAUGCAUGGCAUGGACGGUAUCGACUCAUUGUAUAUAUAAAAACACUGGAAAAAUUCCACACUUGAAGGAAAGUAAUGAUUAUCGUUCCAGUAUCUAGCCAAUAGUCAGAAUAUAUAUUUUUACCUGUGUUAUUUAUUCAUUGUAAUGACGAUGCCUGUUGGAUCCAAUCAUAUAAGAGAGGUUUUCUUUCAAGUACUGUACAUGUAAUUACAAUUUUCCCAUAUUGUGUUAAACAUUUUUAAUGUGGUUUAUAAACUUCGGAAUUGAAAAUAAAACUUGAACUCGCA